ACGCACCUCAUAGUAAUUAUUAAUUGUUUUUUGAAAUUUUUAAACGGUGUAUAAAUACCCUAGGCUAAGACUUGAAAUUCAUCAUUCAAUUGAAGUAACCUUCUGGGGUUCAAUCACAAUAAAAAACAUUAAACAAUGAAAUUCUUUGUGGUAUCAUUCGCCUUUUUGGCAAUUGCUGCUGCUUCUGCUGUCCUGCCUUCCAGUGAAUACUUGCCACCUGAUGAGGUACCGUCAAAUGAGUAUUUAGCACCCGCUGCUGAAACCAAGCUCGCUGAGGAUGGAUAUCGUUACAAAACCAUUCGCAAGCUGAAAUACAGACAUCGUCGUGAUUUGUCUAAUGAAUAUUUGCCACCUCUAUCGGAGCCCACUCAGGAGUAUUUGCCUCCAGUUGCUGAAACAAAACUCGCUGAUGACGGAUAUCGUUACAAGACCGUCCGCAAGCUCAAGUACAGGGCUCGUCAUCGUCGUGAUGUCAAUGAAUUGCCUUCAAAUGAAUACUUGCCACCAGUUGAUGAACCAUUGGCAGCUGUUGCAGAGGUCAAGAGCGCUGAACUAGCUAAUGACGGAUAUCGCUACAAGACUAUUCGCAAGCUUAAGUACAGGAAUCGUCAUCGUCGUGAGGCUGAAACCAAUGAAUACUUGCCACCAUCAGAGGAAGAAGUUGUUGAAGCUGAACCCAAAAGUGCUGACCUUGCUGAAGAUGGUUAUCGGUACAAGACCAUUAGGCGUUUGAAGUAUCGUUAUUAAAUUUAUUUUUUGUAUGCCCACAUAAUUAAGUGUUGAUAACUUUCGAGCUAUGACAAACCAUUUAGAAAUACUGCAAUAAAUUAUUCGAUAAAGAAUACAA